AUGAAGGAACGCACACCAACAACUACCGGCAGGGCCUACCAUGCAAAUAAAAGUCAUCAUAAAACAUUAAGAACAACAAAUCCUUUGCCAAAACAAGAGGGAAAGCUUCGUGAAAUCUUCCUAGACGUCUGGAUUGCAAAAAAUCACCACGAAAAAGCUUUUCCUAGUGGCAGUCAGCACAUCGAGACAUUUCAAAAUAAAUCAUGGAAAUGGAAAGUGGAAAUUUAUCAUUUUAAUGUUUUAUUCUGUUGUCAAAUUAUCAACAAAUUAAUUCCCUAUGCAAGAAGAUUAGGUUUUGCUCUACUUUUCACCGUUUAUUACAAAGCCACACUUAAACAACUUCCACCUAGUUUUCUCAUGAGACUUCCACUUAAUGAUUUCAAGAAAUUGUUUACUUGUUCACACCCACGAGUUUAUCGGCAAGUGACGUGUCCAGUAUAUUUAAAUUGGUGA